AUGGCUUCGCCCACGAUUAUCAUUAGCAAAAUUCUUGCUGCGGCUCCUGCCACCACCCGUGGCCAGCCCACGCAGCUAUCUACAGACAGCAAGGGCCAGCGCAUAGCUUACGCGUCUGGAAAAUCCAUCUUUGUCCGAUCCAUCGACUCGCCCGACGAUUGCAAGGAGUACACCGGCCACACCGCCGCCACGACCGUCGCCCGAUUCUCCCCCAGCGGCUUCAAGAUUGCCAGCGGCGACGCCGCGGGCAUUCUGCGCGUAUGGGAGCCCGAAAGCAUUGACAAGGUGGGCAAGGAGUACGGCAUCAUCUCGGGCCGCCUCAACGACGUGGCGUGGGACGGCGAGUCGCAGCGCAUCAUUGCCGUCGGCGACGGCCGCGAGCAGUUCGGCCGCUGCAUCACGGCCGACAGCGGCAACUCGGUCGGCGAGGUCAUUGGUCACAGCAAGGCUGUCAACGCCGUCGCCGUCAAGAGCCAGCGACCCUUUCGCGCGGCCACCGUUGGCGACGACGGCAACAUGGUCUUUUAUCACGGCGCGCCGUACAAGUUCAAUGCAAAGAGCACCCAGCACAAGGGCUUCGUCUUUGGUGCCGCGUACUCGCCCGACGGCAGCGCGCUGGUCACGGUCGGCGCGGAUAAGCGUAUCCAGCUAUACGACGGCAAGACAGGCGAGCCUGGAAAGGAAAUUGGCGAGGGUGGACACACUGGCUCCAUCUUUGCCGUCUCGUGGUCGCAGGACGGCAGGAAGAUUGCCACGGCGAGCGCAGAUCAGAGCGUCAAGGUCUGGGAUGUGGAGUCGGGCAAGGCCACUUCAAGCUGGAAGUUUGGCGACGGUGUCAGCGUUGGCGACCAGCAAGUCGGCGUUGUGAUCCCGCAUGGUCGUAGCGAUGGCUUGAUUAUUAGCUUGAACUUGCGAGGCGAGCUUACAUAUCUGCAAGAAGGCAAGGAUCAGGCUGUGAGAGUGAUUCAGGGUCAUGACAAAGGCAUUACUACCUUGAUCCGCACGUCGGACAGCCAAGGCACGGAGUUGUGGACGGGCAGCUUUGACGGCCGCAUCUGCCACUGGGACAUCAAGACUGGUACCGCUGCUGCUGUCGACGGCCAGUCCCACACAAAUCAGGUUGCCCAGCUGGCUGGCGCUUCUGGCAAGGUAUACAGUGCGGGUUGGGACGAUACCUUGAGAACAGUAGACGAGGCUGCCAAGACGUUCCUCGGCGAGAGCGUUACCUUGCCUUCCCAGCCCAAAGGCGUUGCGGUGGCGGGUGGCAUCAUCUAUGUUGCCACGACAUCAGGUGUCGCUGCUUACAACAAUGGAAAGUUGGUGGAAGAAACGUCUACUGCGUAUACACCCGGCGCCAUCGCAGCCACCACAGGCUUCGUUGCCGUCGGCGCGGACCAAAACUCGGUCAAGGUGUACAAGGCCGAUUCCAGCGGCACGCUGCAAGAGGUCCAGAGCCUCGCCAACUCGACGGGCACCAUUUCUUCGCUUGCCUUUUCUAAAGACGGUGCACACCUGGCCGCGGGCAACACCGUCGGCAAGAUUUACGUAUACAAAGUUGGCGGCUGGGAAGUCGUCGCCGACCGCUGGUCGGCGCACACGGCCCGCGUAACUUGCAUCGCCUGGGACGACACGGGCGCGUACGCCGCCAGCGGCAGCCUGGACACCAACGUCUUUGUCUGGUGCCUGGACAGUAAAAACCAGGGCAAGCGCAUCAAGGCGGCCAAUGCCCACAAGGACGGCGUCAGCGGCGUGGCGUGGAUCGAAGGCGGCAAGCUUGCGAGUGCCGGCAACGAUGCAACCGUAAAGAUUUGGGACGUGCAAAACUUGCCAUGA